ACCUGCAAUGUGCAGUUUUCUCGCCUCUUCAGAAACUCCACAAAGCGCUCCACCACGCCCGGAGUGGCGAUGACUUCGUCAAUGGGUGGAUUGGGCUCUGUGGAUGGCAUGGUGACAAUUAACACCAAAGUACAAAAAAUGUGGUUGUUGAUGGACAAUGGUCUCUAUUUGAGGAAAACACUUCACCCUUAGAUAGAAGUUUCCGAAAUCGCUGGGUGCCAAUGAGUUGCUGCUCAGGAGAUGUAGAGAAGAUCAUUUGAGUCAUAUCCUCAGAGAUCACCCCGCCCUGCAGCAGACCAGAUGGACAAUCCAGAGUGUUUUACCAGCACAUCACUGCUGCACCCUUUUUAAAAUAAACAUCUCCCUCACCAUAAGCGGGUCCAUGUUGUUCGCCUGGGACUCCAGGUAGCCGCUGUCAGCCAUUCCGUCAUCUUCCAGGGUGCCGUCGUCAUCCACUGUGGCGACGUUUCUCCUUUUAAACAGCUGGUAGACAAAAGUCAGCAAAUGCGUGACUGACCUGUUACCAUGACCAGGAUUGAUUCAUCCCGGCAGUUGUCCUUGCAAUUUGACCUGAAGGUGAACUCACCUGUUCAUCCUUCUUCUGUUUGCGAAGUUGCAGACCUUCCUCUUCCCUCCGCCUUCGCAUUUCAUCUGUGUUGAGGGACUUGUUCUUGUAGCUCUUGAGUCGGGCAUUGUCCUUAGUCUGACUCAUUGUGCAGCCUGAGCGGACAACAAGAUACUUAAUGUUCAUUAACAGACAUCAUUGAUCACUUAUGUAACAUCAGCUUAAUUACAAGACUUUUCUUCCAGGGUGGUACAAGUUUAUCCUGUCGUACAGUCUGGUCUUAUCCAAUACAGGCAUUGCUGAUGAUCCUUUAAGUAUAGCGGUCCAGACGAACGAUGACAGCAAUACAGUUCAGCAAAUGAGGGCAUCUGAGGAUAUUUGGCUAGCUGCCUAGCAUUAACUGUACCGCCACGGCGACACGACAUGGAAUAAACAACACAUUUGGUCCAAAAUCGAAUGUGCUGUCAACCCUGGGGUGUUCUUAUCAUACUGGGACACGGAAGCGACACCUUAAGAGGCUCUUUAUCGAAUGUUCGAUCACCUGGCUAAGGCAUGCUAGCACAGUUAGCUAAUGCUAGCUUUCAAAUGCAACACUAACGUUCGCUGGCGUGACAACACCGAGACGGAGCGCCAUUUUACCGUCUCUGUCGACGCCUGUGGUUCCGCGCGUUUGGGGAAAAUGACAAGUUUGAUCCUUUUAUGGGUUAAAGUGAUGUUAGAAAUUCAAAUGUCACCUGUCAAAUCGGGCUCCUUUUUAAUCCCCUUAUUCGUUAGGCCUUCUCGAGCCGUCGCCGGUAUUGUACUGCGCAUGCGCCGUUUCCCCCGCACGCCUCCCCAGCCGUUUAUACAGGCUCCGCCCUGUCUAGCUGUCAAUAAUCUUUCAACAACAUGAUUAAAUGACAAUAUGCUUUUGCAUAUCUACAUCCUUAAAAACGGGUAACAUUUGUGGAAGGCAUAACUGAUUGGAUGGGUGGAUAACUUCAAGGUGUGCUUUGUGAAAGAGCAGGUUUUGGUUCAAACUUGGAGAGUCGUUCAUGGUGCGUGGUGGAUCCGUGAUAGCCACCUGCUGACCUCGUCUCUGUGUGUGCGUGGGGGUGGGGGGCGUGUGGCGCCACUUUGACCCCUCAACAUCCUGCGGAACCCAGAGAGAAAAGGGACUCUUCCAAUUUAGAGAUGAAAGUGGUCCUCAUCACUCGAAACUUUUUCUCUUUGGAAAGCAUGCACCUGUGCGUUGGACACGCGUGCCAAACGAUGAAUGCGUGGGGUGGGGUGCAAGGGAUCAUCAAAUAAAUGGCAUCCUCCAUGGCACGCGCCCACCAACAAACAUGGCCUCCCGCCAGCCCCCCGCCCCGUCCGACGUCCCCCUCUUUGACAUGUGGCGCGACUACUUGAACCUGAGUGGUGUGCUGAAGAAGAUCCGCAGCGAAUACCCGGUGGAGGCAGAGGCCCCCCUCCAGGCGUGCGAGGCGCCCCACCGCGGUGACUCCCUGGAGAGCACUUCUGUGAGCAGCCGCUCGGACAGCAGCUCCACCGUGCGGCCGUCGGCCUUCUGUCCCUUCUGCAAGCGGAACGGAGAGACCUCCCACGUGUACCUCUCCCACAACCUGAAGGCAGAAGACGGCAAGGUGGUGUGCCCCGUCCUGUGGAGGUACACCUGUCCCGUGUGUGACGCUACAGGAGACCACGCCCACACACUCCGCUAUUGCCCUCUGGCCCAGCGCCUGAAGGUGGCCAGGAUGAUGAUGCCAGGUCCCAAGUUCUGGUAGAUGUUUCAUGUUGUUUCAUGAGAUUGUGCGGCCUCUGUUGCGGUUCUGCUCUGCUUGCCAUUUCGGCCAUGUUUUCACUGCCAUGCAACUUCCAAUCCAAUAAAGAUGAAUAUUUUA